AUUGUCCUAUAAAUGGAUGGAUCUCGAACAAAUUCAGAUUCUGGAAGAACUAGAACGUGUUCUGUCCUGGUUAUUGUGUUUAGCUGCUCUAUAGGAGUCCACAACUCUAUACAAAGGGUAAAAAAAAUAGCAUAAUAGGUCCUGUUUAAAAAAGCCUCCUUUUUUGUCUAAAUGACUCACAUUUCGGCUGCACGGGUUUGUGCGCAGUCACCAAUUAACCUAGCAUGUUUUUGGAAUGUGGGAGGAAACUGGAGUACCCGGAGAAAACCCACGCAUGCACGGGUAGAACAUGCAAACUCCACACAGAGAUACCCGAGCGGGGAAUUGAACCCCGGUCCCCGUAGCUGUGUCACUUUUACAAAAUUGUAAAUAGUUCAUCGUGUUCAUGCUAUCGUUUCCUCGUAAAAAGCACGAAGGUGGUAUGCGUGUUCAUGUCACUGCCACGUUGUGUCUUAGGUUGAAUCUGAUGAAUUAUGUACUGUAUGAGGCUGUAGAUCACUGAGCUCGGCACUGCCCCACUGACCCACUUAAGGACCCACGGGCACCUCAAUGUGAUGACAAACUCUUAGGAAUAUUAUCACAUUUUCUCUCUACUAAUAACCAGAGAGAGUCCCUGCAUUCUCCUGGGUGGAAGUCAGAAACUACGGAAGACAUCUUUCCUGAUGUUAGCCUAUCAUGCACUCACACACAAAGUUUUCACACUUCUUUUUCGAUGUCAUCUCAUCUUCUCUUAAUGUGUGCUCUCAUAAAAAAAGCAGUCAUAGGGAAACGCCAGUACAUCAGUAAUGACUAUUAUGUCAACUAUAUUGGGUAAUACAGGUGUAAAGGUGACUGUAGGGGUGUUAGUUCAUGUCUAAAGUGCUCUAAUAAUGUUAAAAUGUAUUUAGAAGGGCCACACACAGGCCACACAGCUAGGAGACCCGAGUUCGAUUCCACUCUCGGCCAUCUCUGUGUGGAGUUUGCAUGUUCUCCCUGACCUUUUAUACUCAUAUUACUUAAUAUAGUUGAUGGAAUCAGACAAGUUGAAUUUCAGAUGGGACGGCUGCACGGUAGUCGAGUGGUUAGCACACAGGCCGCACAGCUAGGAGACCUGUGUGGGUUUUCUCCGGGUACUCCGGUUUCCUCCCACAUUCCAAAAACAUGCUAGUUAAUGUUAAUAGGCGACUCCAAAUUGUCCAUAGGUAUGAAUGUGAGUGUGAAUGGUUGUUUGUCUAUAUGUGCCCUGUGAUUGGCUGGCGACCCGAAGACAGCUGGGAUAGGCUCCAGCACCCUGGUGCCCCUUGUGAGGAUAAGCGGUAGUGAAUGAAUGAAUGAAUGAAUGAAUUUAGAAGGUCAUAAACACGUUUUCUGUGGUCUAACUACAAAAAUAUUGGAUUUAUAAAUAAGAAAUCCUACUUUGCCGAUUGUUAUGGCUGUCUGGAACCAAUUUACUGCAAUAAACGAGGGGUUAUUGUAUCAUAUACAAGUUUUAAUGCAUGGUUCUGAUUCAAAGACGUUCAUGGCUAGUGAGACAAUAAUUCAUUCAAUAAUUUCUAAACACUUCUCAUCCGGUUUAUUGUUUUGCUCUCACUUUGCUUUCACAAAAUCCAGUUUGGAUACAUAUUUUUAGCUUGGAUAUAGUAUAUAAUCCUCCAUUUUGGCAGUCAGUCAUUGAUUCAUUCUUUUAUACAAACUUAGUGUGACUUAAAUAUGUUACAUAUGUCUCUGAGGACCCUUUUUUAAAGUUAGAUGCACCACCAUUGAGCGUAGCAGGCCACGGAGAGGCUAUUGUCCAUCAAAUAGAUGUCACAUAAUAUACAUUGAGCUCUAGCACCCCCUGGUGGAGCUUAGGUGUAUUAUUUUUCUGAGUUGUAAUAUGGGUUUGUUAGAAUUUGUUCCUAUGUUUUCUUGUUGUGUUCAUUUUAAUAGCAAAUCUUUCUCAUAGCAGGAAUAGUUUAUGUGUUUCAUCACAAAGGAUGUGUUCCAUGUUUCCAAACAAGGAAAGGUGAUCAUGUAACUGACACAUUAUUAACGGGAGGAAUCCGUGCCAUUGUGAUGGCAAAUGAACGCUACGAGCGAAGGCCAAAGUGAAUCGUGCGGUUCUAUUUAGUCGCUAGUUAAAUGCCAAAUGGGCAUUACAGUUGUGAAAUGAAAGUGCUUGCAGGUUUGAGAGCGCUCUAUUAUUUUGUUCAAUUACGAGAGUGACUGAUGCAUGAAAUUCAUAGUAAGAAUUCCAUUGCCAAGUACUGAUAACGACUUUCUAUUAGAACAACUGCCAUUUUUCCAUAUCUCACCUCCUGUUAUGAAAAACGGGCUGCUUCUCAUUGGCUUCAUUCAAGCAAUUGUAUCAGUCCCAAAAAGCAUCUGCGCUUGAAAGAAGAGAGCCGGUAUUCACGCGAAACGGAAACGGGGCCACAGGAAAUAAUGUAUCAGGGCCAAAGAGCUUGAAUUGAUUGUUCUGGACUCUUCCGCCUUAUGAAUAAGCUGGAUGCGCGUCCAGGGUGGCAUCCUGCCCCGUGGCACUCUGGGUAUAGCUUUGCGUUUUGGUCCAGUGCCCUUUCUGUUUCAACAUUUUGGAAACACACAUAACAAAGUAUGAACAAACUACACCAAACACCAAACUUCAUUGAUGGAGAAAUGUUGUUUUCUUUUUACGUUCCUGUUGUUUUCAUUCCUCAUAAUACCGUAUACGCAUGCUAGUUGUCAGUAUAUAAACACAUAGCACAUUAUAGCACAUUAUAGCACAUUAUAGCACAUUAUAGCACAUUAUAGCACAUUAUAGCACAUUAUAGCACAUUAUAGCACAUUAUAGCACAUUAUAGAAUGACCCAGAAAGAAACAUGUCUGAUGGUAUGACGUUAUUUUAUGUUUUCUUUAUUAAUCAUACUGCAUAAACUUCUCAUAAUGACAUUUCAAGGUCAGAUAAGGUUACCGUUCAUUCGUCAUUUACUUCACCUCUCUUUUUUUUUAAGAUUAUUGAUGAUGUGUGAGUCAAACUUAUGCCAAAAAUAUUCUCAGUAGUAGGACCCUAUCAAAUCCAUUUCCAAUUAUUUUUUUUUAAUUACUUUUUUGUUCAGUUUUUUUUUUUUUUACAUUUUUUUAUUAUCCAGCUUAAUAUUGGCCGUUGACAGAUGACAACAUUGUUCCCUAGCUGUCCGGCACGAGCUAGUUGGGAUGCAGUUUAAGCCACCUCACGCCACUAGGCUCCUCAUUGGCGACACAAGGCGCCACAGCAAAUUGCAUUGGCGUGAACUGGCACCAGCUGGCGCCGGCCCAGUGAGGCCCCCUGAGUCACGCUGAAAGAUUGUGUAUUCGUCGACUGACAGGAACUUCUGGGGUGCACACCACACAAGAAAGACAGUUACGGUAAGGCUGGCUGUUGAGUGAACAAUGUUUGGAAUUCAUCUCGGAAAGGAACCUGAUAGUCGGAGGCCCACUGUCUGAUCCCCCUAUUUGAGGAAUAAGGCCUGGUUGCUAAGUACAAUACAGUGUAGUACACUGUUACAUUUAGUAGAGGUUUGCUACAUGGAAGCCUCUGCUGUGAAAAAAGAAUGCUAAUGCUAAUGCUAAUGCUAAUGCUAAUGGUUUUAUUUCAUAUGAACAUGCAUCAGAUUACAAUUGAAUGCAUCCCAUAAUCAGUUCCCAGUUCCACAUGUCCAAAAGGAGUAGGAAGAAGCAAAGCUUAUUAAAUCCUACCCCUCCAUCUGGUACUUUUACAAUCAGUAACUGUUACAUUUGUUCACUUCCUGCUUUCCAUAAUACAGUUUGGUUUUUUUUUCGUUUUUUUUUUUAAAUAAUGUACCUCGUACCGAAGUAGGACAUGAUAUGAGCAUCCAAUGCCAUAAUGUGUACCAUAGUGCGUGUCAAUAUAGUGAUAUAUAUAGCACAUCAUGACUGGUUCAAGACUCUUCAUCCUUGUAUUUAGCAAACAUCAACUGCUUGUAUUGUUUCUUGAAUUGGCUCAUCGUUGUGCAUUGUUUGAUUUCCUUACUCAAUCCAUUCCAUAGUUUGAUUCCACAUACUGAAAUGCUAUGGCUAGCAUAACGUAGUCCUAGCAUAGAAGUGUUUCAAAUGUACUACUUCUUCCCUGAGAUCAUAUUUCUCCUCUCUUGUAGAGAAGUAUCGGAUGACAUUUUUAGCUAAUUGCUUAUUUUUAGCCUUAUGCAUUAUUUUAGCUGUUUGAAGAUGAACUAUAUCAGCAAGUUUGUGAUUUUAGAAAUAAGGAGUUAGUAUGUUCUCUGUAGGCGGCAUUAUGAAUUAUCCUUACUGACCUUUUUUGCAGUACAUUUAGCGAGUGAAGAUUGCUUUUUAUAGUUAUUAGCCCAUAUUUCCCACACAAUAAGUAAGAUAUGGUAGAACCAGAGAGCAAUAAAGAGUGUGGAGUGAUUUCCGAUUGAGAACAAAUUUUGCUUUGUUCGAUACUGAAAUAUUUGAUACUGAAUAUUUGUAAUAUGAGGUUUCCAGCUCACAUAUGAAAAGUUCUAUUUACUGGAGAAUUACACUGCCGGCAGUUGGUGUUUUUUUUAUGUUUCAUUUAAAAAAAAAAAAAAAAAGAAAUCCUGUGAGUCAAACCUACAUGCAUAAUCUACAACCCAAGCUCAUUUAGUUCUUACAUAAGUGGCCUUUUCCCUAAUUCCGUCCUUCUCUCGUGUUCCGCUUACUCCUCUUGCUCACUCAUUAAAGCUUGUAUUCAUGCCCUGCGCCUCCCCUCCCUCCUUUUUGGCUGUGAAAAAGGAAUUCAGUAGCCUUGUGUAUAAUUUAGCCUGUGAUGUCAUCAUUGACUUUUUGCAUUAGGACCAAUAAGCCUCAUGUGGUCAUAGGAAUGCAAAUGUCCAUAUGCUUCAUGUGAUAGUUAUGACUUGUGUUGAUAGUUACUUUUGGAUCAAGUGAAAAAAAAAAAAAAAAUUCUUGUAUGAUUCAUUUUAUACUAAUUGACUUGGUAAACGAUGAUGCCAACAAAGUUUUUGAAUGCCUCCCUUGCAAUCAUCAUGUGAUCCCAUCCAUCCAUCCAUUUGCUAUGCCGCUUAUCCUCAUUAGGGUCGCACGGGUAGGCUGGAGCCUAACCCGGCUUGACUUCAGUCGAGAGGCGGGGUACACCCUGGACCGGCCGCCGGCCAAUCGCAGGGCUCAUCAUGUGAUUAUAAUCCUGUAGUCUACUUUUUUCCGACCAAACACGUUCAUUGUGUAGCAUCUUUCAUAUUCAAUAUACUCUAAUUGACACUCAAGAUCACUCGGGAAACUUAUUGGCUGUGACGAUCGGCGUAGAUUCUUGAAACGGACUUUGUAUUCUUUCUUUGAACCUAACGGAGUCUCUGUUUCGGAGCCGAGCUGGACUGGGACAUCCGACAGAAUAAAAGCCCCUCCGCCCCCCGUUUGCGUGAGGCUUUUCUCACAAACCCCUCGAGCUGCCUCACUCCGUCACCCUUUCAGUGACAGCUCCCGGUGGGAUUCCACCCCCCCAAUGUGUGGUGCUGCACUUUCCUCACAUUUGUUCUCUGAGUUUCUGCCCCUUUUUGUGAGAAUUUAAUGUCAGAAAACUCUCGGGAACUUUUUUUUCUUGGGAAUUUUUUCCUCGUUUUAACUCUAGAAGACUUCAUGCUUCAUGUUAACCAUCAAGGCUUCAAGGCAGCAGACGCGGUCCUUACCGUUGAUGCAAGUUGUCUACCGUAGGUUUAAUUUAUAGCAAGGUGAAAUGUGGACUUAUGUUUGUUGGUUCCAAUCCUACACACCAGGCAGUUCUAAUCUAAUCUAUGGAAAUCCCCGAGUUCCGAUACUUUGUAGUCGAGAUGAGCUUUCGCCCAGUGGACUUGGAUUCAAUCGGACCCCAAAGUGGAUUCAUCCGGAGUGUGAGUGAUGAGUGCUCACCCGGAGCUGCGAUCUUCCCCUCAUCCCUACCAAGGACACGCUCAAGGAGAGAUUGACCGAACGGAAUUCCACUUCCGGGCGCGCACGCGUAUCUUCCCACCAUGGAGGUUAUCGUCAGCCUGGUAACCGCUGACAUCUCGCCACCUUCCUCUCCCACGACCAUCGAGCGGUUGGAGGUUAGCGGGCUGGUGCAAACCCCUCUUGCGGCGGCGGCGGCGGCGGAGUCGUCGUACCCGGCGGCCGAGGAUGCCGCUGUGGAUCCGCAGCGCACGAAGCAGGCGAUUGCCCAGCUCCAGCAGAAGAUCCUCAAGCUCACGGAGCAAAUUAAGAUUGAGCAGACAGCCCGGGACGACAAUGUGGCCGAGUACCUCAAACUGGCCAACAAUGCGGACAAGCAACAAAGCACACGCAUUAAGCAGGUGUUUGAAAAAAAGAACCAGAAGUCUGCCCAAACCAUCCAGCAGCUCCAACGGAAGCUGGAGCACUACCACCGGAAGCUGCGGGAAGUGGAGCACAACGGUAUCCCGCGGCAACCCAAGGACGUUCUCCGGGAUAUGCAACAAGGCCUGAAGGACGUCGGCGCCAAAGUCACCGGCUUCAGCGAGGGUGUGGUGGACAGCGUCAAGGGAGGCUUGUCCAGCUUCUCGCACGCGACGCACUCGGCCGCCGGCGCCGUCGUCUCCAAGCCGCGGGAGAUCGCCUCGUUGAUUCGAAACAAAUUCGGCAGCGCCGACAACAUCCCGUCUCUGAAAGACUCGCUGGACGACCCCUCGGGGGACGACGGGGUCGGAGCGGUCGUGAGCGCUCGUUCGCUGGGGAGUGCUGGCCAUCACUUCCAGUCCAGUCCAAAGUACGGCAGUGAAGACGAUUGUUCGAGCGCCACGUCCGGCUCAGCGGGAGCGAACAGCACCACGGGAGCCCCCGGAGGCCCCCCCAGCUCCAAGGGCAACACGAUGGAGAGGGCUCAUACCUCCAGCCUGGACGUGCUGCUGCAGGAGGUGCAGGACCUGAGAGAGGGCCAGGCCAGAUUGGAGGAGAGUCUGGACGGCUUGAAGAGUCAGUAUCACGGCGACUACACGGUCGUGAUGCAGGCACUGCAGGAGGAACGCUUCAGGUGCGAACGCUUGGAGGAGCAGCUGAACGACCUGACUGAGCUCCACCAGAAUGAGAUCCUGAACCUCAAACAGGAGCUGGCCAGCAUGGAGGAGAAAAUAGCCUACCAGUCGCACGAGAGAGCGCGAGACAUUCAGGAGGCUUUAGAGGUGUGUCAGACCAGAAUUUCCAAGAUGGAGCUCCACCAGCAGCAACAGCAGGUGGUCCAGUUGGAGGGGCUGGAAAACGCCACGGCCCGGAUGCUCCUGGGAAAACUGAUCAAUGUGCUGCUGGCCCUGAUGGCCGUCCUUCUGGUUUUUGUGUCAACCGUGGCCAACUGCGUGGUCCCUCUGAUGAAGACGCGCUCGCGCUCGUUCUCCACUCUCCUCCUCAUCAUCCUGGUGGCCUUCUUGUGGAAAAACUGGGACGCUCUCUCGAGUUACACGCAGCGCGCCCUCCGGCCCCCGGGAUGACCGCACUGGAACCAGCACGUGUUCCUUCACUCACACCAAGGUGAUGAAAGCGUCGCUGCUGUCAUGCUCGGAGUUUGACAGGAGAGCCGUGUGUGUUCGGCACUGAGAACUCGGCGGAGUUCAUUCGGGACGUCAGAGAGGAAGAAAGCGGGUAGUGAACACACCGAUCUCAGUUUGGAAAGACGAGACUGUUUACAUUUUUUUUUUUUUUUAAUGAUUUCAUGUGUUGAUAUCUUUUAUCUAUUUUUAUCUUUUAAAGUUAAAUCCGCGAUAAUAUUUCUAAUGAAUAUUUUCUUUGUCGAUGUUAUUUUAUUAUUUCAGUACCAUGUAGCAUCCAUGAUGCUCCUCGCGCCGCCUCAGGAGGAGUUUAGUCAGGAAACUGGAUUUGGGACUCGCGUCACAAGAAACGAUUGCCUCUCUAACUGGUGGACCUCUAGACGGGGGGAACCAAAAACCUCAAACACGUUACUUUGCUGUGAACACGCGUGUCAGGACCGCCGAUGGGGGUAACUGCAUUUAAAAAUAACGCCGUUACUAACGCUGUUAUUGUUUUCCAGUAGUAAGUACAGUAAACCUCGGAUAUAUCGGAUUCAAUUGUUCCCACUGGUUUUGUCCGAUAUAAGCGAAAUCCGUUAUAUGCGUAUACCGGAAAAUGUCCGUUUUACGCAUAUAUGGGAUUUAUAUCCGGUAUAUGCGUAAAUGGGAUUUUAUCCGUUAUAAAAAGGCACUUCCUUGACUAUGUUUCCAAUGUACCUGGACGCGCAGGCAACGCUGCAAACGCUGCAAAUGACGUCGUAUAGCGGCCUGUCACGAUUCGGCGAAUCGGAGCGCCACGAUGCGGCCAUCCGAUAUAUGCCAGGGAAAUUUAAUGGAAAUGCAUUGGAACGGGACUGGAGAUUUUGUCCGAAAUAGGCGAAAUCCGUUAUAAAAAAUCCGAUAUAUGCAAUGAAUUUUUAUUGGAAAUGCAUUACAGAAAAAUCGGUUCUUUUUUAUCUGUCCGUUGUGAGCCAAUUUCCGAUAUAUCCGAGUCCGAUAUAUCCGAGGUUUACUGUACUUUCCCUGGUAACAUCCAUGGAGGAGCAAUUACUUAAAAAAAAAAAAAAGUAACUAGUAACUAUAAUUACUUUCAUAAAGUAAUCCGCACGCUGGUUUUAGAAAGAUUAGACCAGGGGUGGGCAAACUUUUUGACUUUUUUUAACAAAAUUGACAGGGGGGGGGCAUACUAUAUAUUCUACACGUAACAGUCUACCUGGAAUUAUUGUAUCUGUAAAAAUGUAGUGCAAUCAGCUACAUGUACUUGUACCACGGUGUACCGAGGUUGUACCAUGAUGCCAGGUUGUAUGUCAAGUUUCAAUGAAAUACUUUGGGCCGUAUUCAAACACUUGGCGGGCCGCAUGUGGCCCCCGGGCCGUACUUUGCCCACCUCUGGAUUAGACUGAAGCCUCGGUUGCCACGUCGAUGACGUUGUUGUCGUCGCCACCGUUUCUAAUCGCAUCAUGCGCUUUUAAUGAUUUCCUGUUAAAGUCACACUGUUAAAAACAGGGUAUAAGGAUACGCAAUGCGCACGAACGGAACAUGUGGACACGCUGAAAAUAUUUGCAAUAUUUGCGGCGUGCAUCCGUGAAAAAUGACACGUGAGCCACACAUUUUUUUUUUUUUUUUUU